CUGCCUCUCUCCACUCCGUCUCUCCACUCCCGCAGCCACACAGCCCCAUUCCAAAACGAAGACUUUCAGCAACAACGGCGACGGUGACUCCGACCACAAAUCGGCAGCCGUAACUCCGAUCAGCCCAGGCAGCACACCUCAUCUCCACCCCGUUCCUCACCAGCCCGAACUCGCCAGCACCACCACCACACUCUGAAAGAUGACAAAUAACAAGGUAAAGUAUAUCAAGCCCGGGGACAUGGCCCAACAAGUGCCUGAAUAUGAGAGGAAAAGGCGUGAAAAAAUGGAAUUGAACCGCAUGAGAAUGACUGAAUUAGGGUAUCAGAAGAUGGCAAAUGCUUUGUUUGGUUCAAAUAAGAAGAGAAAGACCAAACAUACUAUGGAGGCCAAAAAUAUGAGGGCCCGGGGUAAUUUGUCUGACGAGGAUUAUCAGCAACCUGAGGAUGCACCUGAGGAUGAGGACGAUGAUGAGGACACUUGCAGUUAUACCGAUGAUGAAGAAUUGAUUGAUUCUAUGAACGCACGAAAAAAGAACGCUGUUGCAUCCACUCUCCAAACUGAUCAGCUGCCUCCUAUUGAGUCUACUAUGGCUCUUUCCCUUGCCCAAGGUUCAAGGCCUGCCCCAGUUACAGUCGCUCCCACUCCUACUCCUACUCCUACCCAGGCGUUACCGGUUGAACAAGAUGGUUUGUCUGCUACACCAAGUUCUUUACCACAACAGAUGGUUAGAGCUUCUACCUCGAGGCGUGUCCGGGGUGCUAACCGUGGAAUUAACACAGAACGCAUAAUUGCUAGUGGUAGUGGCAAGAAACUUGUUGUAGAGAUUCCUUUGGAGGUAGGAGCACCCAUAGGUGAAAAUGCCACAAGGUUCGCCACUUGGCUUGGUAUACAAAUUAGGAUGGCAGCACCAUUGAAGAAUGUGGAGAAGUGGGAUGAUAUUCCCUUUCAUGUUAAAGCGCCCAUCAUACAGGCUACACGAGAUAAAUUUGACAUAGUGGGAUAUGAUGAGAAAGAGCAUGUGAGGCGUGGCGUCGACCGCAAGUGCAAAAAAUUGUAUAGAACCUGGCGUCACAAUAUGAAGGACCACUAUGAAGCAUUAGUGGAAGCUGGUAAGGAUCCGUAUGUCAAUCCAUAUAAAGGAGUUAGUGGUGAAGAUUGGGCAUGGGUGAUUGGUAACAUCUGGGCUAAUAAAGAUAAAGAGGUAUUGGUACUAAAAAGGAAGAAAGCUCGAUCAAAGGUACCUUUCAACCAUACUAUGGGGUCACAAUCCUUCGCAUCAGCUAUGGCAGCUCAGACACAUAAGCGUCGGGGUCAACGUCCCCACAUUGCAGAUUUUUACAGUUCAACCCAUUAUAAUCAAAAGAAGAAGAAAUGGGUAGCUCCGAUAUGUGAGCAACUACAUCUACUACUUGAGGCACGCCAGCAAGAGGAUGAUGCACGUUGCCAAGAGGCUGACGCGCUUGGGUUACCAAUCACUAUGCCACGAGGAGAUGCCGAUAGAAGUUCUUGGUAAGAAGUUUUAUGUGAAGGAAUAUGGUGUUAGUUUGAAGUCAUCAUCAUCGAAGCGGUCUAGUGGUCAAUCACAUGAAGAGGUGCGAGCUCUGACGAAUGAAGUUGAGACACUCAAGGAUGUGUGCAAACAACAAAACGAUCAGGUUGAGACUUUGAAGGACUUGUGCCAAACGCAAAAAGAGACAAUCCAAAUGCAACAGGAGAAAAUAAAUGCAUAUGAUGAAAAGUUUGCGCGCUUCGAGGCUGUUAUGUCCGCUUAUAUGCAUGGAAAUCCUAUUGGGGCAGGCUCUAAUUGUCAGUAAGUAACUUCCGCUUCAUUAGCCCUCAAUCUUGGAUUUAUAUAUUUAUUAGAUUUCUGCAAAUUCUGUUUCUUGAUGACUGCAGUUUGCUUGAAAUUAUGUUUAUUGAUAGAGCACGGUGAUACU